UCGUGAUGUAAACAAGCGGCCCUCAGUAAAAUCGGUGACGGGUAACACAAUGGUGACUUGAUAGGGGGGGGAAGAAAAGAAAAAGAUGAAAAUACCAAAAAGAAAACUUUUCCUCCUCAUUAUUUUCGCUUAUGUGGCUUUUUCACUGUAUGCGGCGUAUAAUGUCUUCUUCAGCACCAAAGUAAUAUCCCGCGUUCACCGGGUGGUGAAGAAAGAGGCUGGAGCACCUUCCGGUGUCGUCAGAGAUGGCGGUGCGGCUGCUCCGUUUCGUGCAGAAGACUGGAAUCCGUGGGAGGACGAACAGGUGGAGUAUAACUCUGCCCUGAACAAAAAGAGAGACGCCUUCCAGCAGCAUCUGGGCCGAAUCGACAGGAGCAAACCCCAGAGAUACAAGGUCCAAGUCUGGGGUAAAGCUGCCAUAGGACUUUACCUUUGGGAACAUAUUUUAGAGGGACCCCUCAACCCUACUGACAAGAUAGCGCAAUGGAGAGAGGGGGAGCUGCAGUCAGGAAAAAUUGAUUUCAGUUUCUACACAGGUCCUGCUGUGGUCCAGGGCCAUGUCCCCCUGGAUAUGAACAGCCUGGUGCUGGUUCUGAACGGUCGUGAACAGCAGAAGGUCUCUUACUCCACACGGUGGCUGGAGCACGUUCAGACUCUGGUUCAGUCCCACACCGUCCUACACGUGGCUGUGGUCCUGUUGGGCAAUGAGCACUGCAACAACGCCUGGAUCGGCCCCUACUUAAAGAGAAACGGUGGCUUUGUGGACCUGCUGUUUGUGGUGUAUGACAGCCCCUGGGUCAACGACAAAGAUGUCUUCCAGUGGCCUCUCGGUGUAGCUACAUACAGGCAGUUCCCUAUGAUCAGGCCUAAUCCCCAGUUGAUUACCUCCAACAGACCAUACCUCUGCAAUUUCCUCGGAACUGUGUACAAAAAUUCCUCCAGAGAAACACUCAUGCAGGUGCUGAAUCACUCGGGCCUGGAUAAGGAAUGCAUCACCACUGCCAGAGAGAAGUGGCUCCCUCAGGAAACAGCAGACAGUCUAAGACGCUAUCAGACAGCUCUGGCCCAGAGUGAGCUCACUCUCUGCCCAGUCGGCAUCAACACAGAGUGCUACCGCAUCUAUGAAGCAUGCUCUUAUGGCUCAGUGCCCGUGGUGGAAGACGUGCUGACUCCUGGCACCUGCGCCGCUGGGCCCAGCUCCCCGCUGCGUCUCCUCAAAGCCGCGGGAGCCCCCUUCAUCUUCAUCAGUGACUGGAAAGAACUGCCGGCCAUCUUGGAAAGGGAGCGAGCGAUGAGUCAGGAGCAGAGGGUGGACAGGAGGAGGAGGCUGCUGGAGUGGUACGGCGGUUUCCGUCUGCAGAUGAAAGAGCGGUUCACCGAGGUCCUCGAGGAGACCUUCUUCAAAAGCGUUUGACUGCGGUGCUUGGUUAACAAACCUUUUAAAUAUCAACAGGGAUAACAUUUAACAAUGAAUUAAUUUCUUUAUUGUGGACGAAUGUGACGUACUACUGGAAUAGUGAACCUGGUGAUGUUCGGUGUAAUUCUCGUGCAGGUUAUUAUUAAACAAUUAUGUAUGUUGUAAAGUUUUAAACUUGCCAACACUUUGUCAGAACAUCAGUUUUAGUCCUGUGAACGGACUCAAUGACUUUCUAUGUAUUUAUUAUUUAAAUGUUUAUGAUUGUAAAAUGUCCAGACAUUUGGAGAUUAUGAAUAAGAUGCUGCCUUUGCUUUUUGAAGUCCUUGCGUUAUGUUUUAUAUCUGUUUAUACGUACUUAAUGUGUUUUUAGGAAACACUAAACAUUUGGCGUAGACUGAGAAGUUUGUGUUUUUAGAUCUUGUUUUGAAAAUGGUACAUGAUGACUAUAUUUUGUAUUGUGAGCAGCUAGAAAACUGAUAUGGUGUAUGUGGCACGUUCUGGUCAGAACAUAACAGAACUUGUUUUAGAUUGUUUUUGGUCUAUUUAUUUCAGUGAUGUGCUGCAUGGAUUUUUUUUAAGAUGGUGCAAUAAAAAUGAAAUGGAGUGUUGUCCUGAGGAGACGUCAGCAGAUGGGCUUGUUCUGUGCUUUCAAUUCCCCUGCAGAUGGCGCCAUGGACCACUUAACUCUCAACAGUUACAGUUGUGAUUAAAAUGUGAAGCUGAAGCUUUUUGAAUGAAGGAGAAAAACAUUUGACUUAAGAAAAUCACCACAGAUCCAAGAAUGUCAUGGGGCAGAAGCAUGUAUGUAGGUGCUAUGUGUUUAAAAUACUAAAUAACUUCAAAGAAAGAUAUAUAUUACAUAGAAUACAUGAUAGAAUGAUAUAUCAGCUGUACCACAGAGCUACAGUUGUAUAAACUGUAGCCUAUUUGAAUGCAUGGCUGUAAGUGUAAGAAUACUUCAAUUCAUUUGUAUCCACCCAUGUACACUUCAUAUCCCACCUUUGACAGCACUAUAUCUCCUUUUGUUUAUUUGUCUUUUGAAGGA